GCAGCUCUGCUGAACGUAGUGAGCGGGGCCACUGUCAACAACGCACGUAUCUGGGAGCAGGUGAAUGCCGGCAAAACAAACUUUCUGCGCUCGGUGGACACACGGAACUCUCGCUGUGAUUUGAAAGUUUCGAGAAGAGCGCGUAUCAACGACAGGAUUCGUUUGAUCACAAAUCCCAGCCUUCAAGGUGCACCAACUGGAUCGUAAGCCAUGGCAACCAUAGUGCCCAAACUUUCCAGCGGUGGUGCUAUUAAAAUCCGCUUUAACAGCAUGGACCUGGGCACCACCAGAUGGAAAGAAGGAACAUUUGAGAUUUUGGAAAAGGACAACAAAGUCAACCUCUGUCUAAGGUUCAACUGUGGUGGUGCCUCCAAAACCUUUCAGCUAAACCAGAAUGUGAAGACCAUUACCCAGAAUCUGAGUCGAGUCAUGCUGACUUUGAAAGACGGCAGUGUCAUCGUUCUGGAUAAGAUGCCCCAAUCUUUGGCGCUGAAGACUAAAGAAUACCUGGAAAAGCUGAAACCGGGAAAGCCAAUUUUAAAAUCAUCACAUGGAAGUGCAAACUUCAGUGUGCUGGGAAACCGCUCUGCGAAAAAUGAGACCAGUCCGCCAGGGGAUAGACAGACAACACCAAGGCGGCAGAGCGUGGAAAGCCGAGAGGACACAACACCACGGAGACCCCUGGGCAGUCCAAGCAGAGCAGCCUCCACUCCCACUCGCACUGGACUAUCUGAAAACAGGAGUGAGAAGAGGAAGAGACUCUUAAAUUCUGAAAGUGACCUGACUGAGGACUACCCCAAAGAAAAUGACUCUUCAAGUAACAACAAGGCCACAACAGACCCAUCCAGGAAGUUUCUGCUGAGCUAUAAAGAGAAGAUGAAGCAGGGAGAGGAGAACAGGAACUCAGCUUCACUGGGUUCAACUCCCCUUCAGUCAUCAUCAUUCUAUGGCAGCAGAUCUGUGACUAAAGACUACAGCCAGAGCCACUCUUUUCUGGACAGGCCAUCCAGUACAGCACAGACCCCUUCGGCCAAGCGAAGCCUCCUGCUGCCCAACCACUCCACUCCCUUCAAGAAGGUGCGCCCCUCUCUUGACUAUGGUGGCUGGAACAAACAAAGGCCCUCCACUCUGGCACAGCCUCAGCCCCCACUGCAAGGUUUUUCUAACUUGGGCAACACUUGCUACAUGAACGCCAUCCUGCAGUCUCUCUUCAGCCUGCCCUCCUUCUCCAAUGACAUGCUCAGACAGAGCAUCCCGUGGAAGAAGGUUCCCAUCAAUGCAUUACUCAGGCGUUUUGCUCACCUCAUGGUCAAGAAGGACGUUGGCUGUCCAGAGACAAAAAAGGACCUGCUGAGGAAAGUCAAGAGUGCCAUCUCCUCCACAGCUGAGCGCUUCUCUGGAAAUAUGCAAAAUGAUGCUCAUGAGUUCCUGAGCCAGUGUUUGGACCAGUUAAAGGACGAUAUAGAGAAAAUGAACAAGAGCUGGACAAACGAAGCUUCAGCUUCCUCGUCGUCCUCUGCGGUGUGUGACAAUGGCCAGGACGCAGCAUCGUCGACGGCCAAGGCAGAGCCUGGUGACGAAGUGGACACCUGUCGCAUCUACACCUGCCCGGUUGCAGUUAACAUGGAGUUUGAGGUGCAGCACACCAUCGUCUGCAAAGGCUGUGGUGAGGUGGUGACCAAGCGAGAGCAGUUCAAUAACUUGUCCAUCGACCUGCCGCGCAGGAAGAAAACCCUCCCACUUCGCUCUAUCCAAGAUUCUCUGGAUCUAUUUUUUAGGAUGGAGGAAAUUGAGUACUCGUGUGAAAAGUGCAAUGGCAAAGCAGCAACUGUUACACAUAAAUUCAGCAAACUUCCCAGAGUCCUCAUCCUCCACCUCAAACGGUACAGUUUCAAUGCUCAAUUGUCUCUGAACAGCAAGCUGGGACAGCAGGUGGUGAUUCCUCGAUACCUGACCCUGCUGUCCCAUUGCACUGAAUCCACACGACCUCCUCUUAGUCUUGGCUGGAGUUCCCAAGCCUCCAUGUCCAGAACACUUAGAACAUCACAGUCUGUCAACUCCUGCACAGCACCUGCCCGAAGGAUUGGAGGGAAAGUGGCAAACUCCAGCUGCACCUCCGGCCUUAUGGACUCUGACUGUGAAGAGGAGCCUACCCGAAGGGUGAGCACCAGUCGCAAGCGACGCCUCAGCAGCUGUCUACCUGACGAGGAUGAGCGUCAGGAAGAGCGCGGGGUACCAAUAGAUUCAGCAGACUUCAGUGGCAUUAAUGAUGAUGAAAUGCUGGCGGCAGUGCUGGAGAUGAGUCGCCAAGAGGCCGGUCUGCCUGCUCCCCCGUCCCUGGAGGAUGAGCCAACCAGCAGCCCAGACACUGGGUUUGGGGACACAGACGCGCAUGACCUGGCCUAUCACACAGAUCUGAUGGAAACAGAUGGCAAACAACCUGCAGAUGUUCUGGAUUCCUUGGAUUUGACCAUGGAUGAGAAUAAGGAGAACCAGACCCCAGAGGGUGUGCAGCAGCAGGGUGAGCUGGACUGGGUUCAGCAAUAUAGUCUGGAUCAGGAGAGAGAGGAACAGGAGCUGCAGCAGGCCCUGGCCCAGAGCCUUCAGGAACAUGAAGCCCAAGAGAUGAGAGAGGAUGAUGAUCUAAAGAGAGCAACUGAGCUCAGCCUACAGGAAUUUAACAACUCCCUGCCAGAGCUGCUGUGUUCGGAUGAUGAUUCUGGUAAUGAGGACGUGUUGGACAUGGAGUACACUGAAGCUGAGGCUGAAAACCUAAAGAGGAAUGCUGAGAGUGGAGAUUUGGCCAACUCUUUUAGACUCAUCAGUGUUGUCAGUCACAUUGGAAACAGCUCUUCCUCUGGCCACUACAUCAGUGACGUGUACGACAUGAAGAAGCAAUCGUGGCUGACUUACAAUGACCUGGACGUGUCGCGCACGCAGGAAGCAGCUGUCCAGCGAGACCGUGAUCGCAGUGGAUACAUUUUCUUCUACAUGCAUAAGGAAAUGUUUAAACAGCUGUCCGAGAUGGAGCGAGCUGGAGCCAGCAGCACAUCAGAGGCGGGGAGAAACGUCCUGCAGCCGCUCUGAGCACUUCGUCUUUGGACGAGCAACCACCCACACAUCCACAUCUGAACUCUGCAAGAUGGACCUCUAAGCUGAACAACCUUGAGUACCACUGAUAGCUGUUCUUUUUGGUCAUCUUCAGGCACUUCUCUAUGAAUCACUUAAUGCCAGGUCAGAUAGCACCUGAAUGCCAACAUGUGCUGAUCUGUCGGGACUCUUUCAGAGACCAGAAAUGCAGAUAAAAUGUUCAGUGGAUCAAAUUUUGCCUCCAUGUUUUUGGGGCUGGAGUUUUUCUUUGCUAUUUUAUCAAAUAACUGUUUUGUAAAGGUUUUGUUUGUUUCUUGAUAUAAUUCUUUACAAUUUAAUGUCGUUUGUUCAGACUUAAAAUUCAUUAUCGAACAUCAGAUGCUACUGGUUUGUAAUGGAUUUUGUUUUGCAGACCCUUUAUUUCCCAUAUGAACUAAAUAAAGAUAUAUUCUACGUUGGAGUAUAAGCUA